AUGGACUCGCCUGAAGAAAUCUCCUCCUCAGCCGGCGACGGCGGAGAUGUUCACCGGCGAAGGACGUGCACAGACGGAUGCGGCCGCCCUAUAAACGUGUGCCUCUGCCACGCCCUCCCUUCAGCUCCCGUCCCCACGGCCACGCAGAUUGUCAUCCUCCACCACCCCCACGAGCGCCGCCACAAGCUUGCCACCGUCCCCAUCCUUGCCAAAUGCCUCCGGAACUGUGAGAUCAUCGUCGGACGCAAGCUGAAAUACGGGCAAUCGGAGCUUCUGGAUUCUCUCCACGAUCAAGCCAUAGAAAACCCUAAUUUGCCUCUCCCUCGAGCUGUUUAUCUCUUCCCUGGUCCAGAUGCACUGCCAUUUGGAGAAGUCAGUCGUAUGCAUUCCUCUCUCGAUGAUGCAGGCAGGGAGGGUCUUGUUCUAAUUGUUUUCGAUGGAACUUGGAAGCACGCCAAGGAAAUGCUGGUUGCAAGUCUAUCAUUUAUAUCCAACUUUGCUGUGCCAGUUUGUUUAGAUUUUGAUGCUGCAGCAGAUGGUGGCACUAUUUUUGACUCGGAGUUGAUUCUAAGGAAAGAGCCGUUUGCUGGGUGUGUGAGCACAAUGGAGGCGGUUGCCAGGUGUUUACAUGUACUUGAGCCUGAUGGCCCUGAUAUUGCGUCGAGGAUCAUUGAAGUUUUGAGAGCUAAUGUUAGUUUCCAAGCUUGUUACUUGAAGCCCUUGAGGCCUAGAACUAAGUUACUGAAAAAUAAUGCAAGGCAAAACGAGAUAAAUGAGAAUGCUAGAAAAUCUCUGUUCCCAUAAUGUCAUCAAAUUGUUAUAUUUAUGUGGCAAUGAUGAAUUUGCUUCUCAA